CUGGCAACAGCUGAUGAAGCUGCAGCGCACCCGGACUGGCGAGUACGCAGCCCAGGUACUCCCCCCUCCUGGUAAAACAUUUCUGCCGGGCUUUAUAACCCUCACGCGCGGUCUGCGGAGGUUCUUCUGCUAACUCCCAAUCCUAGCAGGACCCAAGCCAAGAGGCGCCUGCGAAGCUGCAAGAGGUGGCGGCGGCAGGGGCGACAGCGAAAGCAAAGGAAAAAUUCCCAGAUAGGCACGGAGCUCCGGAAUGCCGGCCACAGACCUAGAACUUUUAUGAGUCGCGCUCUGACGAGCACCCUGUGUGCCCCCAAGUCCUCACGAAGCACGGAGCGUUUUGCCUUCCCCGCUGCAGGAAGGGGAGUAGGAGUUGUAAGCAGCAGCAGGUGCUGAAAGGCCGGGGUCUCCUGCUUCUCGGAACCGUGACCCACGGAAUUUCUUUUCCAUUUUCAGCCCAACGCAGAAGAUAGACCGUCUCCAGAUUUCUGAACUCAAAUGCUUCCUGAAGCUUGAAUGUGGACGCAUUCAGUGGCACCAGGGACAGACAAGCGUUCAUUUUUAGGGCGCCGAGCCUUCUGCUGGCGAGGAAGAGUUCUGCCCGAAAGAGCCUGUAGCCCUUCUGUCUGGGUUAAGCAGGACCCUGACUCCAGGCGCUGGCCUCGGGAUCCUGUUGCAAAGUGGGUGCGUGUACAGAGAGCACGGUUUAACCACUUAACCGAGGAAUGGAUAACGUCCUCCCAGUAGACUCAGACCUCUUCCCAAACAUCUCUACCAACACCUCGGAGCCCAACCAGUUCGUGCAGCCUGCCUGGCAAAUUGUCCUUUGGGCAGCUGCCUACACGGCCAUCGUGGUGACCUCCGUGGUGGGCAAUGUGGUGGUAAUGUGGAUCAUCUUGGCUCACAAGAGAAUGAGGACAGUCACCAAUUAUUUCCUGGUGAACUUGGCCUUCGCAGAGGCCUCUAUGGCUGCGUUCAACACAGUGGUGAACUUCACCUAUGCUGUCCACAACGAGUGGUACUACGGCCUGUUCUACUGCAAGUUCCACAACUUCUUCCCUAUCGCGGCAGUCUUUGCCAGUAUCUACUCCAUGACAGCCGUGGCCUUGGAUAGGUACAUGGCCAUCAUCCACCCGCUCCGGCCCCGGCUGUCAGCCACAGCUACCAAGCUGGUCAUCUGUGUCAUCUGGGUCCUGGCUCUCCUGCUGGCCUUCCCCCAGGGCUACUACUCCACCACGGAGACCAUGCCCAACAGAGUGGUGUGCAUGAUUGAGUGGCCAGAUCAUCCCAACAAGAUGUACGAGAAAGUGUACCACAUUUGCCUGCCUGUUCUGAUCUACUUCCUCCCCCUGCUGGUGAUCGGCUACGCAUACACCGUAGUGGGAAUUACCUUGUGGGCCAGUGAGAUUCCCGGGGACUCCUCUGACCGAUACCACGAGCAAGUCUCUGCCAAGCGCAAGGUGGUCAAGAUGAUGAUCGUCGUGGUGUGCACUUUUGCCAUCUGCUGGCUCCCCUUCCACAUCUUCUUCCUCCUGCCCUACAUCAACCCAGAUCUCUACCUGAAGAAGUUUAUUCAGCAGGUCUACCUGGCCAUCAUGUGGCUGGCCAUGAGCUCCACCAUGUAUAACCCCAUCAUCUACUGCUGCCUCAAUGACAGGUUCCGGCUGGGCUUCAAGCACGCCUUCCGGUGCUGCCCCUUCAUCAGUGCGGGAGACUACGAGGGGCUCGAAAUGAAAUCCACCCGGUACCUCCACACCCAGAGCAGUGUGUAUAAAGUCAGCCGCCUGGAGACCACCGUCUCCACGGUGGUGGGAAACCAGGAGGAGGAGCUGGAGGACGGUCCCAAGGCCACGCCCUCAUCCCUGGACCUGACCUCCAAUGGAUCCUCUCGCAGCAACUCCAAGGCCAUGACAGAGAGCUUCAGCUUCUACUCCAACAUGCUCUCCUAGACCGCGGGGCCUUCGGCAGGGGCAGCCACCAUUGUCUCUGCCCUGCUUCACUUCAUGCAUGAAAAAUUCCUUGGUCUGAAAACCAUCAGAAACCCCUCACAUUGGGGCUUGUAAAAAACAUUGAAAUGGUUUAGGAGAAACAUUCCAUCGUGGAGUCAAAAAACCUGGAUUCUUCCAUGUCGUGGCCACCCCCGUGCCGUUACCGAAGGCAAAUCAUCCAACUUCUUGGAGCCUAUAAAUGGGAAGGUCAUACUCAAUGUCCUCUACAGUCUAUUCCAUGGUUCUAGAAUAAACUUUGGUUGCAUGGGAGCACCCAUUUCAAGUUGAAUCCUGUGAUGUAACAGUAGAUCUCACUGUCCUGUUUGCCUGGAGCCUCUGUCUUAUGUCAGUAAAGUCAUUCUCAGUCAAGUUCAAAUUAUUCUCCCUCAGCUGGAGGAGCCAAAGGAGGAACCCCAGCAAAGCUGAAUGAAAGAUUUAACCCCAAGUUAAACCCAAUGAGAGACUUAACCCCAAGUUAACUUCCAAGUGCUUGCAAAAAGAAUACAAAGUCUCUUUUUGUCAUCUUAAUAUUUGAGGGUAUUUAAAUAUCAUGGGACUGAGAGCCUCAGAUUCCUCUGCAUUAUGUCCUCAGAGACCGUCCUAAGUAACUGAUGCAGGCGGAACGUGGCCCCUAAUUCCAGCUAGUGUCCAUCAUGGGCCAUGAGUCAGGAGAGCUGUGCUGUACUUAAUCUGUGUGAGCCUGUCUUUCCUUAUUUAUAAAACUGUGGGGCUGAACUAGAUCAUAUAAGUGUCCCACGAAUUUUAACAUUCCAUGGUUCAAUUAUUGCAUCAGUUUUUUGUUUAUUUCGCCAAAAACUGGUGGUCUCAGAAAGAAUAAGAGAAGAGAGUCUGGUGACUUAAUACCAAGCUCCCAGGGAAGUAGAAACCACUACGACCAUGUGUCAACACCCAUGUCAGACAUUCUCUGAUUUGUCCUAAAACGUGAGUGCUUUUUUCCUCCUGGAAGGUUUUAGUCUUUAACAGAGCUGAGCACUUGGUGUCAAAGCCUGAGUCUCUCCACCAGGUUUUAGCAGGCAGAGCCUGCAGCUGGAGAUAACAUCAGGAUAACUAAUUUGCGGAUUCCCUGGUCUGGCCCUUUGGCGUCCUAUGACAGAGGUGUUAGCUUUAUACUAGCAUCAGGCAUGUCUCAGAAGCCCAGUGAGCAAAGGGGCUGCACACAGCAGCAGCACCUCUGGGAAGAAGACACUUGGCAUCUUUAGACUCUCGAAUCUCCCUCUUCCUGCCACCUGGCUUUGCUGGCCUCCUGUCUAUGAAAGGUGGGACAACACACUGACCCUACUGACCCUUGGCUCUGAGCUGGGGACACAUGCUCCUUCCACUCUUGAGGAGCCGUUGCUAACUCACCAGUCCUGGUGGGUUGAGGCCAUGCAGCAGGCAUUGGAGGCAGCUGAGAAGCAGAUCCUCCCUAAGACUCUAAAGACCCACAUUCAAUAUGUGCAAUCAAGACAAGGGCUGAGACCUUCAGAGAGCCUUGUGCAGUGAGAGUUCUCUGAGAUAAUUCUAAGGGGGCCACCUAUCGGUCCGGGGAAUCUAGCGAGACAUGGUCGACAGCAUCGUCACUGGCAUUGUUAGAGUGCGGGGUGGUACUGCACUGUUUCAAAUAUGGCAAAACAGCCCCUGUGAAGUAGCCCGGCAAGCCUUUCUCUGACCCACUCUCCAACACCCAUUUAACGUACCAGACAUGUCUUCAGCUCCCACAUGUGAGAAGCACCGUAAUUUGUGCUGUGCAUGCGGCUCAUCUCACAGAAAUGUGUCACUCCUGAGUGUCUCUCUUAAGUCUCUUUCCUUGGUGUACUGUUCAGUAGGAAUAGAACAUAAGAUGUCAUGGGGCCGAUCUUUGUUGUGUUACUUCCAAAGUUGGGAUCCAGUUGCUGUCAGUGUAUUCUCCGUAUUGUGCCAACCUCUCCUCUUCCUCGUUUCAAAAAAGAGGAGCUGAUGUAUAUUGUGGACUCACAGUCGGACCAUAGUUCUUAAGGGGUGGGGAGGGGGACCUUUUAGGGGAAGAUCUAAGGGGCAGGAGUCCUUGUCCUCUCCCAACACCAGAAUGCUGAGACAUUCUGGAAUGUCUUCUCUCUUGGAAGGACUGAAAGAAAUUCUAGGGAAAGAGGGCUCAGGAGCUGAUCUCAUUGAUUCAGCUUUCCAGAAGGAUCCUGUAUGUAAGCAAGGUUGUUCCUGAGACUUCCAUUUUUCAGCCUGGAUUCCUGGAAAGAAUUUCCA